GAUUCCGCCAUAACCGGUAGUAAAAUGACGGACUAACUCUAUUCUGUAGUUGACUUGUACCUGUCGUAAAUACAAGUUUUAAGAUUAAAUCAGGAGAACGUUUUACAAGAUGGCUAAACCGAAACUGAUUAUAUUUGACCUUGAUUACACACUUUGGCCAUUCUGGGUAGACACUCAUGUUGAUCCUCCAUUUAAAAAAAGAAGUGAUGGUAAGGUUGAGGAUUCCCGUGGAAAAUAUGUCAAAUUUUACCCAGAAGUACCAGGGAUGCUACAAAGGCUACAUGGGGAGGGGUACAAAUUAGGCAUAGCAUCCAGGACCAGUGAAAUUGAUGGGGCCAUGGACCUAGUGAACCUGUUCAACUGGGAUCAGUAUUUUCAUUAUAGAGAAAUAUAUCCAGGAUGUAAAAUAAGUCACUUUAAAAGGUUUAAAGUUGACAGUGGUAUUGGAUUCAAUGACAUGCUAUUUUUUGAUGAUGAGUACAGGAACAUAAAAGAUGUUGGAUCUUUAGGUGUCAUCAGUGUAUUGGCUGAGAAUGGCAUGAGCGAAGCGACUUUGAAGGAAGGACUGGACGAGUUUGCUGCCAAAAGAAGAUAACAAAUUCUUACACUGAUAGAGAAACUGAAUGGUCACAUUUUAUUCUAAUUACAUAGGCAAUGUAACAGACAAUACUUAAUAUGACAGAGUGAUGUAUAUUUUUUUUUAGAGAUUUAUGAUUUCCAAUAUACAUUUUAAAAACCAGUCACAAUAGCCCUUCCCACAAUACCUGGUCUAUCUUCCUGCGCCAACUCCUUGAUAAGCCAACCUCCCUACUUUGAGUCAGAAGUUAUAUGUUUGUGUUUUAUUUCAGAAUGAUCAUAACAAAUACCAGUGUCGUCACCUACCUAUCAUUCUGUCUCUAUUUAUAUAAAGCUAUAUAUCCCUAAUAUUUCGUUAGUCACAGUUUAUCAGUUAACAUUAAGGAAUCUUCCGUUCUGUGUAUUGUUGAAUUUGAUAAACAAGCAAUGAAAUGACAUUGUUGUGUAACCUUAAUUUUACAUGUGGGGUAUGAAAUAUUUCUAGUCACUAAAUUUGUUGUUUUUUUCCCCGUAAUACUGACAUGCAAACUAAUGACGCAACAAUCAAUACCUACUCACAAGAGCAGAUAACUCUGCAUUUCGAAACAAUGUAAUAUGAUGAAAUUCAGGUUUUCUGUGAUUUUGUAGUUUACAUUUGUAACAAAUUUACCUAUUUCAUUGCCUCCGCUAAGCUUUAACCAGGAGCCGCUGACAUUCUACUCUUGCCCACAAACCGAUCGGGCUUAGAACAGCUCUCUAAUCGAGUGGUAUAUUGCGGGUAGUAGUUUACCAUUGUUACACACUGGCGUUCUUCUUGUUUUUGAAAUGUAAAAAAGAUUGUUUACUUGUCUCAUAGUAAUGUUUAUUUAGUGACGAAUGUCUGUAUAAGUGAGGAAAUCCAGUUAACACUUGAUACCAUUUUGUUGAUUUUAUUAAUGUUUCCAUGGAGAAAGCUUCGACACAAAUAGCGGGUAAAAUAGUCAUUGUGUAUUUAUAUGGAGUUAUUUAUUACAAUUAAUUUUGCCUCUUCCAACACGCGAAUCGAAACUGUUUUUAUUUACCAUGCAUCUCGUACUAGGAAUGUUUUCACCAUUUUUCGGUUUAUUUUUUAAGCAAAAAGGACAUAUCAUUAGGUGUACCUUACAGAGUUUUUCCGCCUAUAUAACCUCUUAGCACAUCCUCCCCACCAACACACCAAGAUUAUCGUUAUUUAGAAGUUCUCCUGAUUAAAGACAAAGACACACAACAUAUUAUUACCCUAACCUUAACUGAUGAAAGUGUCGUGCAUCAGCCGUGAAACAUUUUGUAGUGGCGACAUGACUUCCAUAUAUUUAAGGUUGUAUAAUAUAUUUCUUUUCCUAAAUCUGGUGCCGGUUCUACCAUAUAAUCGAUGAUAUUUUUGUGCACGUCCGUUGUUGUUUUUGUAGGUUGCUCUGCUGUGGGAUUUCCAAUGAUUUAAGUAUAAUGUUAUAAGGCCUUAUAUAAUUUGGUAUUUGGUUUUGAUCCAAAACGUAGGUUGAACAUUUAUUUUACUCUGUUCAGGAACUUGUCCAUCCAAAAACACAAAAAAGAAUGUGUACUGGUGUGAUACUCCGGAGUUAUUCAGUCAAAGAAUAAAACAUUUUAGUAAAA